GCAUGUGGUGGACGCGGAACGCUCGGGAAUCUCUGCGCUAGCUUCGCCGCUUUUCGCGCGCUCUGUACCCCGGCCCCUGGCGCCGGCCUGAGGAGGCCGAAGAGGCAGGCGGCCGAAAGGGCCGUUGGCCCUCCGGCGUUGCGGCCGGAACCGCGGAGAGCCUGCUGCAGUGGUCGCAGGCCCACCGCCGCGGCCGGUGCCUCGACCGACUCUCUUAAAGGAGACUUCUCAGCGGUUGCUGCAGAGGGAGAUGAAGGACCUGUUAGACCGUGAGGCGACUUCGGGGCCGGCCAACUAGGAGGACUUGGCGAGAGGGCGCCCGCACCCUCCCGGCCUUGUUCCUUUGGCGCCGUGAGCGAGGUGUCACUCUCCUCCGGGCGCGCGGCGUGUGCACGCGGCCCCGGCGGGGCGAUCGGGCGGCAUGUUUCCGCGCAGGCCGCCGACCGGCCUGGCUGCCUGGCUGGUGGGCGCGGCGGCGGCGGCCGGGCGCGCGGGCGCGCGGGGCGGGGGCCUGCUCGCCCUGCUGGCCAAUCAGUGCCGCUUCGUGACGGGCCUGCGCGUGCGGCGCGCUCAGCAGAUCGCGCAGCUCUACGGCCGCCUGUACUCGGAGAGCUCGCGCCGCGUCCUCCUCGGUCGCCUGUGGCGCCGGCUGCGCGGGCGCCCGGGCCAUGCCUCUGCCUUGAUGGCGGCGCUCGCCGGCGUGUUCGUGUGGGACGAGGAGAGGAUCCGGGAGGAGGAGUUGCAGAGAUCCAUUGAUGAGAUGAAACGGUUGGAGGAAAUGUCAGGUAUAUUUCGGAGCUCUGGAGUUGAGCGCCACCCCCCAGAACCAAAAUCCCAGACAGAAGGGGUUGAAGAUUCAGGAGGCACAGAGCAGCCAUGGGAGAUGGUGAUGGAUAAGAAACACUUCAAGCUGUGGCGGCGUCCCAUUUCAGGCACCCACCUUUACCAGUACCGAGUGUUUGGAACCUACACGGACGUGACACCGCGGCAGUUCUUCAAUGUUCAGCUGGAUACAGAAUAUAGGAAAAAGUGGGAUGCCCUGGUGAUCAAGCUGGAAGUGAUCGAGAGGGAUGUGGUCAGUGGCUCUGAGGUUCUUCACUGGGUGACUCAUUUUCCCUACCCGAUGUACUCACGGGAUUAUGUGUACGUUCGGCGGUACAGCGUGGAUGAGGAAAACAACGUGAUGGUGUUGGUGUCACGUGCUGUGGAGCACCCGAGUGUGCCAGAGUCUCCGGAAUUCGUCAGGGUCCGAUCAUAUGAGUCCCAAAUGGUUAUCCGUCCACACAAGUCAUUUGAUGAGAACGGCUUUGACUACUUGCUGACAUAUAGUGACAACCCCCAGACCGUGUUUCCUCGCUACUGUGUUAGUUGGAUGGUUUCCAGUGGCAUGCCAGAUUUCCUGGAGAAGCUGCACACGGCUACUCUGAAAGCCAAGAACAUGGAGAUCAGAGUGAAGGACUAUGUCUCAUCUCAGCCUUUGGAAGUGGGGAGCGAGGCCAAAGCCGCCACCCCAUCUUCUGAGCGCAAGAGCGAGGGCAGCUGUGGGCCUGCCCGCAUCGAGUACGCUUGACAGGCCCUGGGGGAAGCGGGGCCAGGCGGGUUCCAGCCCUGUCUCCGCGUCGCCACGCCCUCCGCUGCAGAACAGGGUGGGGUCUGCUGUGGCCACCACCGCAGGCUGAUUCAGUACUGCUCUCAGAGCCCUGCUGCUCAGUGUCGGAACCGGAAGAGGAGGCAUCCGAAGGCCCUGGGCACGUUCUCGGGCCAAGCGUUUUGAAACUGGUGUUUGCUGGAGCUCCUCUGGAACCAGCCUCGCCUCAGGCCAGAGGGGACAGCAUCCUUUGCUUUCUCUGCCCACAUUCCGUUCUCAGCCUCGGUUCUGCAGCACUUUGGGUGGGUUUCCUUCGGCUCUGAAGGUCCAGCUGGACCACGUGGACGGUUGCUCUCCAAUGAGGGGUCAUGGCCGGGGGCACUCUUGGUCACAGUCCUGGUGUUGAGGGGGUGUGAACUGUUGCUUGGCAGCGUAAGUGCCUUGUCCUCACCUUCCCGUCUCUAGGGACAUAGUUUGUACCAAGAAAUGUCAGUCUCCGCCUCCUGUUGCCGUUCCCCACGCAAAGCCGUUUCCCUGAGUCAGCCAGUUCUUCGGUACUCAUGUGCUGUGUCCAUCUGGGCCACUGCCUCCCCGUAGCCCAUUUACCAAGAACUGGGAAACUAACGCUGUCAGACAGUAACUCUAUCAUCAGUGUUUUUGAUAGCAUCAGUGGAGAUGCUCAAAACAUUAUCCAGUUUAGCUUUGUGUGUUGUGUUUUUUUUAACUUUUGUGUUAAAAAACGGGGUGGAAUUAGGGAAUGGAAUAGGAUUUUUUUUCCAUAGUCUGGACUGUAUAGACAGCACCAUUUUGAUUCAGGCAUUAUUAUCACACUUUGGGUUUGAUUUGAUGCCCGCAAAUUGGCCAUCUUGGAAGGCUGAAGGCAGAGGGGUGGGGGUCGGGCACCUCCCUGGAAGCUCUCAGAGCUGCAGACAAGCUGUGUGAGCAGACAGAUGCAGUCGGUCCCAAAUGCUCAUAUAAGGGGGAGGUGACUCAUGUGACCCUGUGAAAAACUUUUCGUCGUCUUCUGAGCUAAAAUUAAGGCAAACCACACUGUUCAGAUAAAGUCACAAUCAGAUGGGAUCGGCCUGGCCUGGCUAACGGGGCUUAUGGUCAUGCUGCACUCUGACUGGGAGCAUAGGGACAGGCUUCAGGGCUUCAGAUCCUUCUCCUCCCCCUUAUUUCUUAGAAUAUGAAUGACGAGAUCUUCCCCACCCGCACUUGCUACCCUUUUGUGUUGCUGAAAGAGGAGCAAAAGCUGAGAUUAAGCCCCUUAACCUUUUUACGGCCUAAGUUUUGUGCCAAAGAAAUGCCUGCCCCACUCUUUGACGUCUUGCAGUCUCUGCGUCGUUGGCAGACCAGAGGCGUGCCUCAGACAGUCCCGCUUCUCUUCAUCGGUUGUGUCUCCCUCCUCUUCCCCAGGGAUGAGUCCCUGGGUUGCAUUGGAGCUGAGCGCCUGUGACUGUUGGGACGGGUGGUAUGGGCGAGUGCCCUGAGUACACUCGAGCAGAGGAGCUGUGCGUUGCUCGUGUGCUUUUUGGCAAUUUGACUCUGCACUUGGUGUUGGUCUGUAUAGUUACUUACGUCAUUGUAAUGAUUUCACUCCUGACUGUGACGUUUUUACCAAAUGCGUGAAUAAAUAAGGAUUGGUAUGAA